AUGACCUCCUCUGUCGACUCCAUCCGUCCCGACGGUGCUAGAACCGGCGCCCGUACUCCGACCGGCACCGCCCAAGCUUCCUCGGCGGACGUUGACGUAUCAGAGCUUUCCCCUCCUGGCUCCCAGACAAAGCAAGAAUCCGGCACCUCUAUGGGCGAUAUUGGGACUGCGCUGGAACAGCGUGGAGGACAACCUACAGAGAAGAUGAUUGAGUCGAAUAUUGCGGCGUGGAAGAGUAAACGCGCUCAAGAGGAGUACCAGCGUGCGAUGGAGUAUGUUGUUGAUAAAGACUUCAAUCUGGAUGAAUUCGGGGACCCGUUUGAUGAACGUGACUUGGCGGAAAAGUUGCUAUGA